ACCAUGCACUGUCUUAAGUCUUUUAGGAAGGCGGGGGGCCGGGUGUGUUUUGUUUUUCUUGGAUCAAGCGAUAGAUUUUGUAGAUUAGAUGUUAGAUGGUCAUUCACAGGGUUUGAACUCACUCUCAUGCAAAGUGGAUGAGGUAACUUAGUGCAUGAUAGAGUGGUGAAGGUGAUAAAUUAUUCCGAAGUAUCACUUUAAUCUCGGGACCUCUUCGAACAUCGGAAAGAGAAAAAUCACUAGACCAAAUAAAUACUUGGUUAUCAAAUUAUCAAAUAUUACGCUUGGAAUGGCUGUUUCUCAGUUGCAGUACUGUAUUUUUUUUUGUUUUUGGUUUUCCCCUAAUGGUCGUGGCCCCUUCCCAAGAAUCCUUUUACAACAUCAAUCGUGGCCUAUGACAGUUGUUCAUAUGCUGGUCUGAGUCUGACAAUUCGUGUGCUUCCUGAAACUCGCAUAACGCAAUUACUUUAGUCUAAAGGAGGGGACAUUGCACUGUACAAAAUGAACAGUGAUUUGGAGUGAAUUUCACUUUAUUUACGAAGCUGAUAAUCGUGGAAAGGCAGGGGUGCGAUGGUCGUUUUAGUCUGCAGGGUUUCGAACGGAUUGGGUGGGUUAGGGAGACUUUCAUUUCCCUUCCUUUUGUGAGCUGCAGAGGAACUCGGUGAGACCAUGCCGUCAGGAGAGAGAUAGGGAUUUGGUGAGGGGAAGGCAUGCGGCUUGCAGAGAGGCAGAGAGGAGGAGGAGGAGAGAGAGAGAAAAGCUUACAGGUAGGAGGUUGAGUCAUGAAUGGCAAGCUUACACGUACAUCUCGGACUCAUAAAUUGCGUAAAGUCGUCUUUGUAUCUGUCAAAGGCAUAUAUUAUCAGUUUGAGUCUACUGAGUUCUGCGGAUUCCCUCAAUUGCAAUCAUCUCUUCUGCAACACUUGCACCGUGAAGUUGAUGAAAUCGGGUUCCAUUUGUCCAGUUUAUAAAAUUCCAUAUCGACGCAGAGGCACUGGGAAGACGACUCUGUCUACGGAUCAUAAUCGGUAUCUACUUGGAGAUGAUGAGCACUGCUGGAGCAACAAUGGUGUGUCAAACAUUGAAGGUGGUUGCUAUGCCAAGUGUAUUGAUUUGUCAAGGGACAAGGAACCAGAUAUUUGGAAUGCUAUCAAAUUUGGGACUGUUUUGGAGAAUGUUGUGUUUGAGAAGUUGAUUACUCAGAGAAAUCUGUUACUGGUAAGUAAUUUAAAUUCUGGGGUUAUUCAAUUGAAAGUUUUAAUUUGUUUAGUUUAGUUUUUUUUUUAAAUUUUAUUUAUUUAUUUAUAAUUUUGGUAUUUUGUUUGUGUUUGAUUAUAUUGAAUUCGGAUUUCAGUGGACUUAUGUUUGGGUUUGAUAUUUUCCUACAAGUUGUGAUUGAGGGAGCUUGAAAUGGCAAUUGGAUUUCAUCGUUGUUGGUAAGGAAGACCCUUCCAGCGUCUUCCAUUUUGUUCCAUCGCUUUUCUGCUUCUCUUCCUCCCUCUUUCUCUUCCCCUCUCUCUGCCUCAAAUUCAAUCCGAUCAUCUAAAAACGUAGUUCCUCUAUUUUUCUCCGCCGUUUUCCAGAAACCGAUCAGGCGUUUCAGAUGCUUUGCUUCAUUAACUUCUUGAUCUUCUGUUUGGUUCAGAAGAAAGUUUCCAAAUAGAUUAGUAUAAAAUUCAAGCCUUUGCCUUUUUGUACUGAGUAUUCUGUUAUUUUUUGGUGUUUCUUCCCGAUUUUCUCUUAUCUUAUUGAAAUUUAGCAACAAUACUCAUCAUGCGAAGUCUAUUGGAUCAUGGAUUUUUCUAGGUUUAUUAUAUGCAGUGACGAUUAUUUCAAUCAGGAACUAUAUAUUUAAAUUUGCUGUUAGCAGGACAGUAGUGAGGCCUUUUUGUACUCACUAUCAGUCCACAACCAUUUUCUGUGUUUCAAUCUUCAGAUUUGCGAAUGCCCUUUGCUAUGGUAUGGGGCGUCCGAGAGAAUCGGUUUCAGGAUUAGGUUUGGUUGGAUUUCAAGGAUUACGUUUGGGGUUUUGUUUGUAAGAUUUGUAGAGAGAUGGGGGUGUUUCAGAUAAGAUUUAGGAGAUUUGGUUUAGGAAUUGCAGAGAGGGAUAGGGAGUGUCUGAGAGAAGUGUGGGAAGAUUUAGGCGGGAUUUGAGGGAUUUGGUUUAGGCUUUGUUUUCUGCGAUUUGCAGAGACACAUUUUAACAGCUUUAUCCGAAUGAUCAAUGAGAACAUUAUCAAGUAUAAGGCCAUCUCUAACCGAGGACUGGCCAGAUGGCUCGUUUGAGCCCUCUGGCCCUCCAAGAUUCC